GGGGAGUUGAUGAUCAAAUAAACAUCAACCCUGCCCCGCCUGUCUGCCUACGAUGGUACCAUAGUGCCCGUUAGCAGCGCGGUAGCUUCCACGACAAUAAGAAGAGCCAUGGACCCCGUCUUCCAACCAGUUUCCGUUCCUUCCCACCUUCAUCUUCAUCUUCAUUCCUGCUGCUUCAGACAACAACACCAUCGUUUCUUCUCGUUAUAUAUAUACAUACAUUCCUUCUUGGAUACUCACAUUCGCUGUCGUUCAUCAUCUACAUCACAGCAACUUCAUCAAAGCAUCAUAUAAUCUUAUUCUUCGGAGAUUCCGUAAGUUCAUUCACUCGCAACUCUUUCACCGUCAAUCAAUCGUCUUUAAGAACAUCCCAAUAAUCAAAAUGCAAUUCAGCACUCUCUUCCUCGCCGCUGCGGCAGCAACUCUUGCCAGCGCGGUCAAGUUGACCAACGCCGAUUUCGCCGUCACCGCCGGUUCUCCUUUCAACAUCACUUGGGCAGAUGCCGAAGGUCCCGUCACUCUUCUCCUCAAGAAUGGUCCAUCCACGUCCCUCACCACUGUCUCCACCAUCGGAAGUGGAUUGACUGGAACAUCUUACUCCUGGACUCCAUCAUCCAGUCUUGACUCCAGCCUCUAUGCCAUUGAGAUUCAAGAUUCCACCAACACACCAAACUACAGUCAACAAUUCCAGGUUUCAGGUGCUACUGCCGUUGCUUCAACCGUGACUGCUUCUUCUACAAGUGCUUCUUCCGCUUCAGGAUCUUCCACUUCAGGAUCUUCCACUUCUGGCACUUCCACCUCUGGCACUUCCACUGGUUCCUCGACCGGUUCCUCUUCCACUGCCUCUUCCACUUCUGAAUCUUCCACUUCUAACGGUACCUCAACUUCUGCUUCUUCUUCCCCUACUGCUAGCGGCAACAGCAGCACCACUCUCAGCGGUUCUAGCUCAGCUUCAAGAACCAGUUCAUCCUCAUCCAGAACUGCUUCAUCCAGCUCCACCGGUGGUACUUCUACAGCAACCUCGGCCCCAACCUCAGCAGCUGCUGAGUUUGCUUCCCCACUCGCAUUCAUCUUCCUUGCAUUUGCAGCUAUCGUCACCCUUAACUAAGAAUACUAUUUCCAAGUUAUGGAUGUAUGAUAUUUCACUUCGUACCCGAUUACUUUCGAUUUAAUUCAAGUUGUCGACAGUUUUAUUUUAAUUCCUAUAAUGUACUUUACGCAUGAACGAUGAUGGUUUGGAGGUUUAAUUUUUUGGGAUGGUUUCUUGGUGAAGAAUGGAAUGUUGCAUGAAUGGUAUGGUCAUGAGGAUUCUUGAUUCUUACCUUAUAUUGAAAAUACAUCAUGUAUGAUUGAUUCGAAAAGACAAUGUGUUUGAAAGGCGUUUAUUUUCGUCUUCGACAGUUGCGGAUUAUUGAGUUUUGAGAGAGAGUAGAGUUCAUACAGCGGCUAGAGAGAGUUGAGUUGUGAUUCGAGACUAUGGAUUUCGAAGACGAUAGAUUAAUGGAAUAGAAAUAUCCAUUCAUACAAACCAUGUUCUUCACUCA